AUGGCUUCUAGUACAACUAAAUCACAAGACGUUAUUCUGUGUCACCUCUGUGACAGGAGACCCGCCAUUCUUCACUGUAAUCCCUGCCAGGUCAACUUAUGUGAAGAAUGCGUCGGACGACACUACAUGACGUCAUCAUCAUCUAAUCACGAGAUUGUCAAAUAUCGAGAGAGAAAAUUUCAUCUUUCAUUUCCAAACUGCAAAGUCCAUGGUGAUGAAAAGUGUACCGUUAAAUGCCAGAACUGUAAUGUAGAUGUUUGCCUUCAAUGUCUCAGCGGAGCCCAUAAUGGUCAUAGAAUUAUUGAUAUCAGGGGCAUUGUUGAUGAAAAGAAAGAGCUUAUGAAAAAAGAUAUGGCUCGUCUAAAAGAUGAUAUGAUUCCUAAAUUUGAACAAGCAGAUACAGAGAUAGAAUCCAAAUUAGCGGCUUUAAAUGCUAAAUGUGACGAAUUAGAACAAUCAGUCACAGAGCAUGGGCAAAAAUGGCAGCGAUUCAUUGACGAAAUAGUUGCAAAAAACAAGAAAGAAAUUGCAGAGAUGAGAGGAAAUGGCAUCAGGAAAUUAAAAAAAUACCAGAAGGAAAUAAAAAAUGCACUUGAAAGCCUAAUUGAAAUUGCUCUACAGAACGUAAAGAUUUUACAUUCCAUGGACGUUCGUCACAACACAAACUAUGAAAGAAAUAUUCAGAAGUAUCUUAUGAUCCCCUUACAAAUAGAUCUUGAACUACCGGCAUUCAUUUUCAAAGACAUAGAUAAAAGUAGAUUUUAUCAAGAUUUUGGAAAAUUAAUAGAACCCAAUAUACAAACAGAAACGAUAUACAGAUCAGAUGUAUCCAUUGUUCUUCUAGAAAAAGCCGUAGAAAUCGCAUCCUUCCACACUGGAGUAACACCGUUGAUGAGGAUAGCAUGUCGAAAUACAGAGGAGGUGUGGGUAACGGGAAAGAAUAAAACCAUUACUCGUAUCAACAUACAGGGUUCUGUACAGGAGACUGUUACCUUUCAGAAUAAUCCUUGUGAUAUUUCAGUUUCAAACGAAGGAUAUUUGCUAUACAUUGAUAGAGUAAAUCGAGUAAUUAAUGAUGUCCACCAGACAACAGCAAAGUUCACAACAGCACAAGGAUGGUAUCCAUUAGGACUGUGUUGUACACAAUCAAGAGACUUACUGGUCAGUAUGUGUACACAUAAUUAUGAACAUUAUAAAAUUGUCAGUUAUGAAGGUCAAACAAUAAAGCAGGAGAUAGAGAAGGACAACAAAGGUAAACCGCUAUAUAAAAGAGGUGAAAUGAUGCUCUUUGUGACGGAAAACAACAACGGGGACAUCUGUGCCUCUGAUUGCAAUGGUAAAAAAGUCGUUGUAGUGAAUAAGGCAGGAAAACUUCGAUUCCAAUAUAAAGGACAAAAGAAGAUGAAGAAACAGUUUGAUCCCGCCAGUAUUGUCACAGAUUUCGAGGCUCGUAUAAUAGAAAAAGUUUACGGUAAUUCCUGUACCCACAUCAUUGAUCAGGAUGGUCAAUUUCUCCGUAUUCUGGCUUUUUGUGGAGCACUGAGUCUGGACACACUGGGACGACUGUGGGUGGGGGAUAAUGAUGGUGGAAGUGUUAAGGUCAUCAAAUAUACAAAUUAA